GAAAGCAUCAAACGGCGAUCAACGUUUGGACAUUGAGACUGUGCAUCAUCAACGACAUGAGCCUGAGAACUUCCCUGCUAUUGGCGUGCCUGGUGGCCGUGGCCUGUGCCUCAAAGGAUCAGCUGAAGCCAACCAACUGGUUGAGCACCAGUGAGCUGGAGAAUGUGCCAUCGCUGAACGAUGUUUCGUUUGAGCGUCUGGAGAAUAUGCCACUGCAGAAGGGUGCCCAAUUGAUUGAGAAGCUUUAUCACAUUUCGCAAAUCAAGAACGAUCUGACACCGAACUUUGUGCCCAGUGCCAGCAACAUUCCAGUGUGGAUUGUCAAGUCCAAUGGCGAUCGUGUCGAGGCCAAACUGAGCAACUACGUCCAGAAGGCAACAGCCCAGAGCAAUUUCGCCGAGGAUGAGGUGACCAUUGUGCUCACCGGUCUGCCCCAGAACACCGAGACCACCAAGAAGGCGAUGCGUCAACUGGAACAAUCGUACUUGCAGCGUUACAAUGUGCAGAGUCAGCAGAAGAACGCACAGAUCGCCCGUCAGCAGAGGAACAAGGAUUACGAUGCCACCUCCAGCGAGGAGACUGGCGAGGAAUGGAAAUCGGCCAAGUCCACUGCCGGCAAUUUGAUCAUCAUUGACUUGGGCGCCACUUUGACGAACUUCAAGCGUUAUGCCAUGCUCGAUGUUGCUGGCACCGGUGCCAUGAUCGGACACACACUCGUCGAACUGUGCAACAAGGGUGUGCCCCGCGAGAUUAUCCAUUUGAUCGGUCAGGGUAUCGCUGCCCAUGUUGCUGGCGCCGCUGGCCAAGAGUUCACCGUGCACACCGGCAACAAGCUGCGUCGCAUCACCGGUCUGGACCCCGCCAAGCUCUUGGCCAAGCGUCGCGAUAGCCUCGUUGGUCUCUCCCGCGGCGAUGCCGAUUUCGUUGAUGCCAUCCACACAUCCAGCUUGGCCAUGGGCACACCCCAGCGUUGCGGUGAUGUUGAUUUCUAUCCCAAUGGUGUCAGCCAGACGGUGCCCGGUGCCCAGAAUGUGAUCGAGGCUGCUGUCCGUGCCACACGCUACUUUGCCGAGUCCGUGCGUCCAGGUGGUGAGCGCAAUUUCCCCGCUGUCGUUGCCAACUCCCUGAAGCAGUACAAGGAGAACAACGGCUUUGGCAUGCGCGCCUACAUGGGCAUCAAUGCUGAUUUCGAUCUCCAGGGCGAUUACAUUCUUGAGGUCAACGAGAGGAGUCCCUUCGGCAAGCGUGCUGCUGCCCAGAAGCAGAUCAACUACCACAGCUCGCACCAGCAGAACUAAGUCAACCAACGCAUAUUAAUCCCGAUACAACAACAAAGCAAAAAAACAAAAUAACUCAAAUUUAAACUAUGUAAAAUUAGAAAAAGAAGAUAAAAAAUAAAGAAGCAUUUAGUAAACAAUUUA